AUGUCAAAUAUGACAUAAAAUUUGUCUUUUACAUAAAUGUGUUCUGUUUAUUAAAAAUAACUGAUAUUAUGUUAUAGGUAUAAAAAAUAUAAUUCAUAUGGAGCAUUUAGUUAAAGGCAAAUUUGGCCGGAUUAUUAUUACUUCUUAUUCUCGUGAUCCUUUAAAAUAUGGAUCUCAGAGGCGUUUCCAAAGGGGAGUAUGUAGUUUAUGGGGUGGUAGAGCAUUGGACAGAUCUAGGCCUUUGUUAAAACAACAGUAUAUUUAUCAGAAAAGGGAAUAUGGAAUGUUAAUCGUGAGAGCUCUAAGAGGUGUUUUAAAAAUUAGAUACUUAAUUCUUGGUGGAGCUGUUGCUGGCGGAGGAGCUCUACAAAAGAAAUACAAUGACUGGAAAGAUGGUUUACCCGAUUUAAAGUGGUUAGAAGAAGUUUUACCAGAUAAUGAUAAAUGGCAGCAAUGGAGAGGUAACCUCGUGGAAUUUAAAGAUAACAUAAAAAAUAAUAUUGAAUUGGAUCCAAGAAUUAAAGCUUUUUCUGAAUCGAAAUACAAUGAAUUUAAAAAUUGGUUUGACCAGAGGCUAGAUGAUGCCAUAGCGGCAGCAGAAACCCAAAAUAAUUUGACAGGUACUUUGCCCAAUCUAUCCGAAUUUAUAGACAGACUGUACUUAGAUACUAAAAAAGAAAUCACGGACCGAAAUACUGUCUACGCAAAGCCCUUUGCCAAUACUGAAAACGACAGUGAUAGGGUAAGAAGAGAAGCCCAGACCAGACUGAAUGAUAUUCAAGAUGAAAUGAUACAAACACAAAUUAAAUAUCAAAAGGAACUAGAAAGAUUAGAGAAAGAGAAUAAAGAACUUCGCAAGCAGAACCUUUUAUUAAAGCAAGGAAGGAAACCAGUUACAAAAAAAAUUAAAAGAAGUCUCAUUGAUAUGUAUAGUGAAGUUUUGGAUGAACUAGCCGAUUUUGAUAGUGGUUACAAUACCCAAGAUCAACUUCCAAGAGUAGUUGUAGUUGGAGAUCAAAGUAGUGGUAAAACGUCUGUAUUAGAAAUGAUUGCUCAAGCUAGAAUUUUUCCAAGAGGUGCUGGAGAGAUGAUGACGAGGGCACCUGUAAAGGUUACUCUUUCAGAAGGACCGUAUCAUGUAGCACAAUUCAGGGAUUCAUCAAGGGAAUUUGAUCUUACCAAAGAAUCUGAUCUAGCCGAUUUGAGAAGAGAAGUUGAACUCCGAAUGAGAAAUAGUGUGAAAGGAGGAAAAACAGUAUCCAGUGAAGUUAUUUCUAUGACAGUCAAAGGACCUGGUCUCCAAAGAAUGGUUUUAGUAGAUCUACCAGGAAUAAUUUCGACACAAACGACAGAUAUGGCGGCUGACACCAGAGAAAGUAUAAAACAGAUGACUCAGGCUUAUAUGAACAAUCCUAAUGCUAUAAUAUUAUGUAUACAGGACGGAUCGGUAGAUGCCGAAAGAAGUAACGUAACUGAUUUAGUAGCCAGUUGUGAUCCGCAAGGCAAACGGACCAUCUUUGUACUAACAAAAGUGGACAUGGCCGAAGAAAACUUAGCAGAUCCUAAUAGAAUUAGAAAAAUAUUAUCCGGAAAACUAUUCCCGAUGAAAGCCUUAGGAUAUUUCGCUGUCGUAACUGGUAGAGGAAGAAAGGAUGACUCGAUACAAACUAUAAAGGAUUAUGAGGAGGGAUUCUUUAGAAACUCAAAACUAUUUAAGGACGGGGUAAUAAAAUCAACUCAAGUAACAACGAGAAAUUUGAGUCUGGCAGUAGCCGAUUGUUUCUGGAAAAUGGUGAAGGAAACAGUGGAGCAACAGGCGGAUGCUUUUAAAGCAAGACGGUUUAAUCUAGAAACAGAGUGGAAAAACAACUUCCCCAGGCUACGCGAGCAAGACAGAGACGAACUCUUUGAAAGGGCUAGAGGUGAAAUAUUGGAUGAAGUCGUUAAUUUGUCGCAAGUUAGCCCCAAGCAGUGGGAAGAAAGACUGUUGAAUAAAAUCUGGGAGAAGGUUUCAGAUCACGUUUUUGAAAACAUUUAUAUCCCUGCUGCACAGACUGGAACAUCAGAAACCUUUAACACUGCUGUAGACAUCAAACUCAGGCAGUGGGCGCAAUCGGCCUUGCCGGCCCAAUCUGUGGAUGCAGGUUGGCAAACCUUGAAGUCUGAAUUCCAAACAUUCAUGAAGAAAGCUGCCGAUGCCACUGAUCACGAUGAUAUCUUCGACCAACUUAAAGAAGCUGUGGUAACUGAAGCCAUGCUGAGGCAUUCCUGGGAGGACAAAGCAUCGGAAAUGCUGAGGGUCAUUCAGUUGAAUGCAUUAGAGGAUCGUACUAUCAGCGAUAAGAGGGACUGGGACCAGGCGGUAAAGUUCUUGGAGUCUGCUGUUAAAGACAAGCUGAAGGAAAGCGAAACAGUUCUAAAAGAUUUAUUGGGACCUUCAGCAAAAGAAAGAUGGUUGUAUUGGAAGAGUCAGACUGAAACUCAAGCAAAACGAAAUAGUGUUAAGAAUGAAUUAGAUAAAAUUUUAUAUUCAAGUCAGAAACACCCACCUAUUCUUAGUUUUGACGAGUUAACGACGAUAAGAAACAACUUGCAACGUAACAAUCUUGAAGUAGAUAAUGAAUUUAUCCGUGAAGUUUGGGAUGCGGUGUACAGGAGACAUUUCCUAAACCAAGCUCUUGGUAGAGCUUAUGACUGUCGGAAAGCUUUUUAUUUAUAUCAUCAACAGCAAGAUGUUGAUUGUUACGAUGUGGUGCUGUUUCAUAGAAUCCAACAAAUGAUGAAAGUGAGCUCUAAUGCCUUACGGCAGCAAAUUACGAAUAGGGAAGCUAGAAGAUUAGACAAAGAAAUUAAAGAUGUGUUGGAAGACUACAGUCAAGACAAUGAGAAAAAAGUAAAAUUACUUACUGGAAGAAGGGUUACUUUAGCCGAAGAAUUAAAACGAGUUCGACAGAUACAAGAAAAACUGGAGGAAUUUAUACAAGCAUUAAACAAAGAAAAAUGAGAUCUAGUCUAAUUGUUUUAAGAAUCAACUUUUUGCUACAUUGUUUCUGUUUUAAUUAUAUUACCCAUUUAUUUAUAUCACCAUUUUCUAAUAAAUUUUUAUUUUCCUGUAACGCAUGAUUAUACACUAUCAGUUUCAUUUUUUUUUUUGGAUUAACUAGAUUUUGAUUUGUAAUUAUUAGAAAAUCUAGUGCCCAAUUCCGAUAUUUACAUUUAUCUUAAUAUUCAUCAUGAUAAGAAGUUCCACGUAUACAACUGUAUAUAAAAACCGAGUUCAUGUGUAAUAUUUUUCAUAAAAAUAUAAUUUGUUAGAUAUUAAUUGUAAAACAUUUACCAGUAAAAUUAUUGUUUUGUUUAAA